AUGGAAGAGAAAAACCAGAAGAGAAUGAAGAUAUUAUGCCUCCAUGGGUUUAGAACCAGUGGGAAGUUCCUGCAGAAUCAGCUCAGCAAGUGGCAUCCUUCUCUUUUCCUUCAUCACUUUCACUUGGAUUAUCCAAACGGGUUAUAUGGUGCGGGAGGGAAGUCGGAUAUAGAGGAGAUAUUCCCUCCUCCGUACUUCGAGUGGUUCCAGUUCGACAAGGAUUUCACAGAGUACACAAACCUUGAGGAAUGCAUCUCUUACUUGUGUCAGUAUAUCACCCACAAAGGCCCUUUCCAUGGCUUGCUCGGCUUUUCUCAAGGUGCAACUCUUUGUGCUCUUCUUUUGGGUUACAAGGCACAGGGGAAGGUGUUAAAGGAGCAUCCACCCUUCAAAAUGUUUGUAUCGAUAUCCGGAUCGAAGUUCAGAGAUCCAAGCAUAUGCGAAGUGGCCUACAAAGACAAAAUUGAGACUAAAUCGGUGCACUUCAUCGGAGCUAAGGACUGGUUAAAGUUGCCUUCGGAGGAGCUGGCCAAUGCCUUCCAUGAUCCUCUCAUCAUAAGGCAUCCCCAAGGCCACACCGUCCCUAGGUUGGAUGAGACAUCGACCGAGCAAUUACACAAGUGGAUUGCAGAUAUUCUGGUUCCAAGCAAGGGAGGCAUCUGCAAUGGAGAACAUGAUGAAGUGGGAAGCGUUGAAGAAACAAUGAAGGUCGAUGAUGAAGAGCGAAAACAUAUUAUCAACAAGAACACAAUUGAUGCCUCUGAAUUCGAGAAAAACGAAGUGAAAGAGGAGACACCAAAACAGAACAUCAACAUCAACUCAAUGGAUUCAUCUGAAUUCGGAACAAACGAAGUAAACACUUGAUUCUGUCAGGAAUCGUUAUCGAGCUGAAAUUCGGGUGCUAUCAUACUCGUGCCGAAGAUGAUUUUUGCAUCAGAAUAAUUUGGUAGAACUGCAUUUUAUCUUUCUGAAGUGUUGUAAGCAGGCUUAUGGUACCACUUAUAUGCAUCGUACUUGUUUGUUUAAAUGGGCAUGCAUUAACCAAACUAAUCAGUGGGCAUCUUGGUAUAAUGGUGCUCAUGUAAUGUUUAAUGGUAGGAUCAAGUUUUUGUUAUA